CUCCGCUUAGGCCAUGGCGGACAUUGUGAAACAGAUCUUGGCAAGGCCAAUACAAGUGGCAGAUCAGGUAACCAAGGCCGCGGAUGAAGCACAAUCUUUCAAACUAGACUGCCAAGAGCUUAAAGGCAAGACCGAGAAGCUAUCAGGCCUCCUCCGUCAAGCUGCACGUGCCAGCAACGACCUUUACGAACGCCCAACACGCAGAAUCAUCGAUGACACCGAACAGGUCCUGGACAAGGCCCUAGCUCUUGUCAUCAAGUGCCGUGCAACGGGUAUCAUGAAGCGAGUUUUCACCAUUAUUCCUGCGGCAGCCUUUAGGAAAACAUCAACGCAACUCGAGAAUUCUAUAGGAGAUGUUUCUUGGCUCUUGCGCGUGUCAGCCUCGGCUGGUGAUCGUGAUGAUGAAUAUCUCGGUCUUCCUCCUAUUGCAGCAAACGAACCAAUAUUGUGUCUUAUAUGGGAACAGAUUGCUAUUCUUUAUACAGGUUCGUUUGAUGAACGAUCUGAUGCUUCUGCUUCAUUGGUUUCUUUGGGUCGGGACAAUGAUCGAUAUGGUAAGCUGAUCAUAGAGGAAGGAGGGAUCCCUCCUUUAUUGAAGUUGGCAAAGGAAGGAAAACCCGAAGGUCAGGAGAAUGCAGCAAGGGCAAUUGGGUUGCUAGGACGUGACCCGGAAAGUGUCGAACAAAUUGUACAUGCAGGUGCUUGCUCAAUUUUUGCGAAAAUCCUCAAAGAAGGUAACAUGAAUGUUCAAUCUGUGGUGGCUUGGGCUGUAUCAGAAUUGGCUGCGCAUCACCCCAAAUGCCAGGACCAUUUUUCACAGAAUAAUAUAAUUCGGCUUCUCGUCAGUCACCUCGCCUUUGAGACCGUUCAGGAACAUAGUAAGUAUACCACUGCGAGUAAGCAAAAGAUGUCUAUUCAUUCGGUUCUUAUGGCUAGUGACACUCCAGAGCAAACUAAUAAAAAGAAGCACGAAGUUGAUGAUAAGCAACUUAAUAGUAAUAUGGCUCACCCUUUGGAUAUGAGAAGCCAGACUCCUGACAGUUCCAAGCCAGCACAACCAAACAUGUAUUCUACAAAUCACCACAAUGUUAACCAACCCAAAGGCAACCAGCAGAGUGCCAAGUCACACCAGCAUCAUCAUCAGCACCAUCAGCAACAUGUUUCAUUAUCUGGAACUAGCAUUAAGGGAAGGGAAUUCGAAGACCCAGCGACCAAAGCACAAAUGAAGGCAAUGGCAGCAAAAGCUCUCUGGCAGCUUAGCAAGGGAAAUCUUGGUAUAUGUCGUAGCAUAACAGAAUCAAGAGCUCUAUUGUGCUUUGCAAUUUUGUUAGAGAAGGGCACCGAUGAUGUACAGUCCUAUUCGGCCUUCGCAUUAAUGGAAAUCACAGCUGUAGCUGAACAAAAUGCUGACUUGAGACGCUCUUCUUUCAAGCCUACUUCCCCUGCUGCCAGAGCUGUCGUGGAGCAGUUACUCAAAAUCAUAGAAAAGGCAGACUCAGACCUCCUUUUGCCUUGCAUCAAAGCUAUUGGAAACUUGGCCAGGACUUUCCGAGCAACUGAAACAAGGAUUAUCGGACCAUUGGUAAAACUCCUUGAUGAAAGGGAAGCAGAUAUUUCUAUGGAGGCCGCCAUUGCACUUAACAAGUUUGCCACACCUAAAAACUACCUCCAUGUUAAUCAUUCAAAAUCCAUCAUCAAUGCAGGAGGCGCCAAGCAUUUAAUUCAACUGGUUUACUUUGGUGAACAAAUGGUUCAGUUUCCUUCAUUGAUCCUGCUGUGUUACAUUGCGUUCAAUAUUCCUGACAGUGAGACCCUUGCGCGAGAAGAGGUGCUUAUAGUACUGCAGUGGGCUUCAAAGCAAGCUUAUCUAUCUGGAGAUCCUGAUAUUGAUUAUUUAUUACCAGAAGCCAAAAGUAGAUUAGAACUCUAUCAAUCAAGGGGUUUAAGAGGAUUCCAUUAACUUUAUCACGUUGUGCAAGAUUUCCUGAAAUAGUUCAGUUUUGUAUGCUUUAUUCACCCUGAUGAAGUGACUGUAUAUAAAUUAGCGUUGAUGUCAAAUACUGUUAUAGAGUUAUGGACUU